AUGAAGUUAUUGCAAAAUUUCUUGUUGUUGUUAUUAUAUUCACUGAGUGAAUCCUAUUUUACGAAGGAUUUUCGCGAAUUUUUGGUUAAUAUUAAUGGUGCUGAGAUCGCUGAGUUAUUAGAGAGAGUGGAUUUACGAGAAAAUGGAAGUUUUGGUGGGAAAAUCGAUGGAAUGGAGAAGUUGAAGAAUCAGCCAGUGAUCCUUGUCCAUGGUGUGAUGAGCGAUAUCAUGCGCUUCUUCCCAAUCAAACACUUUUACCAUCGACAAGGUUAUUCAGAGGGUGAGAUUUACGGUACCACUUGGGGUAAUCCAGAUGAUUUACUUAUCAAUGUUACUCUCAAAUGUGCAUAUGUUAAACAGCUUCGUGCUUUCUUUGAGUCAGUUCACAAAUACACAAAGAAAAAAGUUGAUGUGCUUGGUUAUUCGAUGGGAUCUGUUUUAGCGAGAAAGGCGAUUCUUGGCGGUAACUGUGAAGGCGAAUUGGGUGAACCGCUCACGAAAAUUGUAGACACUUUCGUUUCGGUGGCUGGUUCUAAUUAUGGAUCUUCAUACUGUGAUGAGUAUUCGUAUUUCGAUGUUUGCAAUCCGACAAACGGGCUCAGCUGUGACUCGGAGUUUUUGAAAGAGCUGAACUCUUAUCCAAAACGAUUCGAAGGCCGGUUCUCUUUUGCAAUCGCGAGUAACUUUGAUGAAAAGGUUGGCGAGUGGUGUUGUGGGAAGAAGUGUUGCGCUUUGUUGAACUCGAAUCGAGAGUUUUGGGGCUAUGAGUCAAGCCACGAUCGUUUGAUGAUUGGCUCUGCUCGUCUCCAAUUCGAACUCAUCACCAAACAUCGUCGUAUCAAAGCAAAACUCAUCGUUAAACGAAAGAAAUCACCGCAAAAGUUUCCCUUCAGCUUUAAUAAUUCAAAUAUUGAACGGGAAAGUGCAGAAGAGAAUCGAAAUUCAAAUAUUGUCAACUUUGAAUCAAUUUCUGACUCAAUGAAGUCACAACUCCUUGAGAGUUUUUCGAGAUUGGAUAAAGAAAGAAUUAAUCUAAAGGGUACAAUGGAUUAUGAAGAUUUAGUCAAAGAGAAAGAUUUCAUUUUAAAGAAUCAAGAAAAUUCGAUAAAAGUUGUUUCUGAAACGUUUCCCAAGACUAUGACUUUUGAAGAUGAAUUGCCAAAUUCUCGAGAUGAAAAGCUAAAGCCAAACAAUUCAAAGAAAACUUCUACAAAGCCACUCUUUUCUCCAUUAUCAUUGCUUUUCGGAAAACCCGAUGGAAACGAUUUUUCGUUUGGGAUCUCUGGUGGACCAAGUUUGAAAUCGGGAAAGAUUGAUUCAAGCGAUGGGAAAAUGAAUGAGGAUAAAGCUGAUGAAUUACAGAAGUUGUCUUCAGGGAUCAUUGGUGAAGGUGGGAGAGGACCGGGAGAGUUUCGGAAGGAGAACGAGUCAGAGAAUCUUCCACAAGAAGAACAAAGCAAAGAGCAGACUCAAGAAGUUCCAAAAGUCGAUAGAGAUCAUCCAGUUUUUAUCUCAACUCCUGGAGGAAUUGGUGCUGGAAGUGAGCUUGACAAAGUUGAUUUUGAAAGUCCUCUUGAAACUGGUAACAGUGCUGGUGAAGUGAUUCAAGAAUCAGAAGCUUCUGAAGCUGGAAUAACAGAUGAGCUGUUUCAAGAACCAGAAAGUUCAAGAACUCAAAAAGAACUGGUUCGGAAACGGAUUGAGAUGACAAAAGGAAUGAAUGGGAAGAUGGAAAUAGAAACUAGUCAAGCUAAAGGUGGACAAGAGCGAAAUGAGUCACCAUUUGAAGAAAUCGCUGAGAAAAGCAAUGUUUUAAGAAAUUCUCGAGUAAUUGGGGUGUUUGAUGAAGAUUUUACUAUAGAAAGCCAGACUGAGAACACUUUCCAAGAAAUGAAACGAAUGGGAAUAGCUGGAGUAGGACAUGAAACUCUUCAAAAUUCUGAUCUCAUGGAGAAUGAGAAACGAAUUCGAAAAAUGUGCAAAUUGUCCAUCCAAGACUGUCAACAAUUACAAAAAUCUCGGAAAAAGAUCUUAUGGAAAAAUUUGGACCGAAAAACA